CGGAGGAAAAGGUUUUUUGAAUGUGAUUCUGGAGAUUGAAGUCUUCCGCUUUUGGAGUCGCUCGUUCUUUUCUCGGUUAACUGUGAAUCUCUGGGUGAAGAGGAGGCCUGCUUUCGUCUUUCAGGCCGGGAAAGCCACCCGAUGUACCAUGCUGUCUUGUGAUAUUUGUGGUGAAACAGUAACCUCAGAACCGGACAUGAAGUCUCAUCUCCUAAUUGUUCACAUGGAAAAUGAAGUUAUAUGUCCAUUUUGCAAGUUGUCAGGUGUGAAUUAUGAUGAAAUGUGUUUUCAUAUUGAAACUGCUCAUUUUGAGCAAAAUGAACUAGAGAGAAACUUUGAGAAGACCAAUAAAAUACAGUAUAGGACUUUCGAUAACGGGAAGGACAAUACCCAGCAGUGUAGAAUGGACAUUAAUUCAAGUAUGCAUUCUGCUUGUGCAUCUAAUCCAAAAAUUUCAGUUCAAAGCCUGCCUGAGGAUGGCACUUUAAAACAGAAAACCUUUUAUUCAGAGAACUUGUCUGAAUCUAGAAAGUUCCUGAGAAGUAAGGAAAAGCAGUGUGACCUAUCCCAAAUAAAAGAAUCAAUUUAUGAUACAACGUAUAGUCCUUCUGAAUGUCCAUUCUGUGGGAAAAUAGAAGAUUGUGCUCAAGAUGUGGAAACUCAUGUGAAAACAAAGCAUGCCAGUUUUUUAGACACUCCAGUAGAAGACGGUGGUCAGACACUGUAUGACUGUCCUAUGUGUGGGCUCAUCUGUACAAAUUACCAUAUUCUCCAGGAACAUGUUGACUUGCAUUUGGAAGAAAGCAGCUUUAGACAAGGCUUGGAUAGAGUCCAAUGUACUAGAGAUCUGGAAUUGGCUCACCAGCUUCAACAAGAAGAAGACCAAAAGAGGAAAUCUGAAGAAUCAAGACAAGAAAGGGAAGAAUUUCAAAAGCUGCAGAGACAAUAUGGUUUAGAUGAUUCUGGAGGGUACAAACAGCAGCAGCUCCAGAGCAUGGAGAGAGAAGUAAACAGUGGAAGGAUGCAUCCAUCUGAAUUUCACAGAAGAAGAGCUGAUAUGAUGGAAGCACUAGCUAUUGGUAUUGAUGAUGGAAAAACAAGAACUUCUGGAAUUAUUGAAGCACUUCAUAGGUAUUACCAGAAUGCCGCCACAGACGUGAGGCGUGUGUGGCUUUCUACAGUGGUAGAUCACUUUCAUUCAUCUUUUGGUGACAAAGGCUGGGGCUGUGGUUACAGAAAUUUCCAAAUGCUACUCUCAUCAUUAUUACAAAAUGAUGCUUAUGAUGAUUGCCUGAAAGGUAUGUCAGUUCCUUGUAUUCCAAAAAUUCAGUCGAUGAUUGAAGAUGCCUGGAGGGAAGGUUUUGAUCCUCAGGGUGCCUGUCAACUCAAUAACAGGUUACAGGGAACCAAGGCCUGGAUCGGAGCAUGUGAAAUAUAUACACUUCUAACCUCCCUGAGGGUGAAGUGCCGUAUUGUGGAUUUUCACAAGUCAACAGGUCCUUUGGGUACACACCCUCGCUUAUUUGAAUGGAUAUUAAACUAUUAUUCUUCAGAGAGGGAAGGGGGUCCAAAAGUAGUAGGUACAUCUAAACCUCCUAUCUAUCUUCAGCAUCAAGGUCAUAGUCGAACAGUUAUUGGAAUCGAAGAGAGAAAAAACCGAACAUUAUGUUUACUAAUAUUUGAUCCUGGAUGUCCUUCUCGAGAAAUGCAGAAACUACUAAAGCAAGACAUGGAGGCUAGCAGUCUCAAACAACUUCGGAAAUGUGUGGGAAAUUUAAAACAUAAACAAUACCAGAUAGUGGCAGCAGAGGGUGUUCUUACUGCAGAAGAGAAAAUUGCCAGGAGACAAGCAUCUCAGGUCUUUACAGCUGAGAAGAUUCCUUGAAGAAUUAAGCAUCUCAGUGACUGGAAUUUUAUUUUACAAAUUCAGAUAUU